UCAAUCCCGGAUCACACCAAUCACAAGUUGAGGCGGAAUCACAUGGAGCUCCAGGGCCGAACAGCACUGGGAGCGAACACCGGACUGUGAGGGCUUUGAUCCGGACGCAGGCACACAGGAGGACGCAGCGGACUGUGGAUUUACUGUCGUGGUUUGACCCGGCUCUGGGAACUUUUCCGGAUCAGGAGUUAGUUCUUCUGCUAUGGUACAGGAGCCUUCACCAGUGGUCUUCGUUCCUAUCGUGGUGCAGCGUUGUGUGUGAGAACAGACCUGAAUCGUGGGAUCACCUUUUCCAGGCCUAAGGGCCACAGGGCCGAGACGACAUGCUGGCCGCCAUGCUGCGCCAGAGUUCUGGAGGAGGAUCCGGAGGUGGAGGCGGUAACGGUAGUAACGGCGGCGGUAGUGGAACCAAACUCUCUCUGGGCAUCUCCAGACUGUCCAGCUCCAGCUUGGGUUCGGCAAGUUCCGGCGGCGGCGGCGUGGGCCCCUGGGCGCCGGGAAGGGUCUCCAAGAGCGGCUCAGUGAGCUCGGACAGCCCGGAUAUCCCCGCCUCGGACCCCAAUUACAUCAUGCAGCUGGUCAGCGACGUGCGGAAGUUCGCUGACGUGCUUCUACAACUCAAAGAAGUUUUCAACUCCAAAGAGCACCAGGACUGCCUCCACCACGCCGUCCACGAGCGUCUCGGGGAGCUAUUGCGAGUCCUGAAGGCCAUUAUCAGCAAACACCAGAGCCUCAACUCAGUGGAGAUCCUCAGUACAGCUGGAACCGUCAUCGCCACGGUCAAAGGAGUGAACUUCAAGGAGGUGAACGAGGAGAACAAACAGAAGCUAUUUGGAGAAAUCUACACAGCUAUUGACACAUUGGCCUUCACCUUUGGCAAUGUAGUGUCGGACUUCCUUAUGGGAGAUGUAGAGAAUGGAUCGGUGUUGGGGCUCCCCCUGACUAAAAGAAGCAGGUCUUUUGAGAACCUCUCAGUGGAAUCUGGAGGAUCCGGUCCCGAGAAAGAUGAUCCGCCAGGGCCGUCUCCGCCGGUUCGGGCCGAGGAGGUGGACAGGACGCUGCAGCGGCAGGACAGCGGGGUGGAGUCGGCGCUGCUCUACGCCAAGGCCUGGUCCAAGUACACCAAGGAGCUGCUGGCAUGGGUGGAGAAGAGGCUCAGUAUGGAUAUCGAGUGUGCAAAGAGCUACGCCAAAAUGGCCGAAUCUGCCAAGACGCUUGCAAGUCAACAGGAAUUCAUGCCUUUCCGCGAGAUCUUCACGAAUGCCUUCAAGAAUGACAUUGAAUAUAGUCAGCUGGUACUUCAGACUGCAGCAGUCCUCCAAAGCAACAAAUUUAUCCAGCCGCUCCUGGCCAGAAAGAAUGAGCUGGACAAACUACGAAAAGAGGUCAAAGAGCAGUGGCAAAGAGAGCAGAAGAAAAUGCACGAGGCGGACAGCGCUCUGAAGAAGGCCCGGCUGCUGCAGGCCCAGCGGCAGGAGGAGUACGACAAGGCCAAGGUGUCCACCAGCCGCCUGGAGGAGGAGCAGACCGGAGGCGGAGGGGGGACGGCGGCGGCCAAACAGCUGGAGAAGAGGAGGAGGUUGGAGGAGGAGGCACUGCAGAAGGCUGAAGAGGCCAGAGAACACUGCAAAGCCUGUCAGGUCGAUGUCGGCGUGAGGAGAGUCGACCUGGCCAACACCAAAAGUGUGAUCAUCACUCAGCUCCGGGAAAUGGUCUCUCAGUGCGACCUCACCCUCAAGGCUGUGACGGUCAACUGGUUCCAGCUCCAGCAGGCCCAGGUUGUGUCUCUCCCCGUCAACCACCAGAGCCUUUGUGAAAAUGCCAAACUUUACGAGCCGGGCCAGCGCUAUAUUGACUUUGUCAGGAGUUUGCCCACGGACGGGCCUCGUCUGGAGUCGCACUCAUUCGAUACAGCCGUCACACAAAACACAGGGAUGCUUUUCAACAAGCGUUCCCUGAGCGGCAGCCAUUCAUCCCACAGUAACCUAUCACAGGCGUCCGUCACCUCCGACAUCCUGAGUCCAGAUGAUGUGGACGGUCCCAACGGUUCCCAACACCCCAAGAUUUCAGAAAGACGCUCCAACAGUAGCACCGACAUCCAAGCACUUCGGAUUCAGGCCCCAUUUCGUCCCUGGACCUCGACCAAUCAGGGUGGAGGGAUGUGCAGCGAUUCAGAAAGCGCCGGAGGAAGCAGCGAGUCCCGUUCCAUGGACUCACCAACUGCAAGUCCAGGGGACUUCAAGAGGAGAUUACCCAGAACCCCCUCCACCGGGACCAUGUCGUCCGCUGAUGACCUGGACGAGAGAGAGCCGCCAUCGCCGUCGGAUAAUGGCUUAAACGAAAUGGUAAUCGAGACGGCCAGCUCCCCGGGACCGUUUAGAAACACUCAGAUGUCCAAGGCCGCCCAAACGCACAAACUGAGGAAGCUCCGAGCACCCUCCAAGUGCCGCGAGUGUGACGGCCUGGUGGUGUUUCACGGUGCAGAAUGCGAAGAGUGUUCGUUGGCUUGUCAUAAGAAGUGUUUGGAAACCCUGGCCAUCCAGUGCGGCCAUAAGAAGCUCCAGGGAAGGCUUCACUUGUUCGGCAUCGACUUCACCCAGGCAGCUAAAAACAGCCAGGACGGCAUCCCCUUCAUUAUACGGAAGUGUACUUCAGAGAUCGAGAACAGAGCGCUCAACAUUAAGGGCAUCUACCGCGUGAAUGGUGCCAAAUCCCGGGUGGAGAAGCUGUGCCAGGCAUUUGAGAACGGCAAAGACCUGGUGGAGCUCUCAGAACUUUAUCCCCACGACAUCAGCAACGUUCUCAAACUCUACCUGAGACAGCUUCCAGAGCCGCUCAUCCUGUUCCGCUAUUACAACGACUUCAUCGGUUUAGCCAAAGAAAGCCAGAGUGUUAUUGUGGAAGAGCUGGAGGCGCUGCGUCUCAGUCCCACCCCGGACCCAUCGCAGGUCAGCGUGGAGCUCAACCGGGUCCUCUUUAAAAUCAAGGACCUGCUGAGGCACCUUCCGCCGACUCACUACAAGACGCUGCAGUUCCUGAUAGAGCACCUGCACCGCGUAUCAGAGCAAGCCGAAGAAAACAAGAUGACGGCGAGCAACCUGGGGAUCAUCUUCGGGCCGACGCUGAUCAAGCCGAGGCAGGCGGACGCUGAGGUCUCUCUGUCCUCUCUGGUCGAUUACCCCUAUCAGGCCCUCAUUGUGGAGCUCCUGAUUAGACACUAUCAGAUGGUUUUUGACACUCCGCUCAGUCCCCUGGGCAGCAGUUCACCCACUGAGAUUAACAGCCACACGCGACUCACCUCCCAGGAGAAGGAGCAGCAGCUGAGCAGGCACUCCAAGUCACUAGGAGACAUUAAGGAGCAGAGCUCUAAGGUGUAUAAAAGACAUUCCUCUAUCAUUCCUUCUUCACACCUGCUGGCUGAGGUUCAGGAGAGCAUGCCCAACCUGGAUGGAAGCGACUUUGAACCUGUGGAUGAAGUGGAUUCGGAGUCCUACAACGGGGUUCUGUCAUCCAGUGUCCCUGACGUUCCCAAAUCCACCGAGCGAGGCCUCUGUCGUUCUCAUCACAUAACUGUCGCCAGGGUCCAGCUUCGACACCCUCGCAACAAACUCACGGCCGGCGUCCUCACCCGGCCGGUCAGCAUGCCAGCGGAACGCAUGCUCGGCCGAAGCCAAUCCGACGACAGCAACUCCUUAAACGGCAGCGACCAAGACGACCGACAGGGAGGCGGCUGCAGCCAGUCGAUCGAAGAGGUGGACGAAACGGAGACGGCGAAAGUGCGGGUGGGGACGCAUUACCGGAGUACGUUCAUCGACACCCAGACUUUGAGGAGAACUUGGGACAAACAGUACAAGCACCACGAUGUUUCGUCUCGGACUGUGAGAAUCGUAUCCGGUUCAUCCGCGGAGAGCACGGCGACGGACGCCGCCAAAGUGGCCGACGCCUCCGAAUCGUUGCCGUCGAGCAGCAUCAGCACCAUCUACCCCAACAGGCCGUACACCAUCGCGGUGCGGCCCAGCAGGACUUUACGAAGGGAGGACAACGUAAUCAAAGGCAGCCUCAUCACAACGGCUUUCAGAGCUCCACGGACUCUCCAACCUCCUCCGGGAACCUUCUACAAACCUCCGUCAGGAACCAAAGCGCUCAAGAACUUCGCAUUAACGAACAGCGCUGAGGAUGACGAUGAGGAGGAGGAUGACGACGACGAUGACGACGAUGAGGAGGAGGAAGAGGAAGAGCUGGGUCUUGAGAUAGAGUUGUCUGUGGACGAGCCCGUUGAGGAGGACAUCGAGGGCGACCAGGCGGCGACGUCUGAGUCUCCCAGUCCGAGUCCAGAGGAACUCGGGCAAAACCAGGCCAAACCGGUCUACCAGAGACUCAGACCGCGACGCCUUCAGGAGGUCGAGCAUCGGGAGGCUCAUUUUGUGUGAUUCUUGGACGUUAGAAUCUCACAAUGUGAACAACAGAGGACAUAUGGAGUGACUCUGCGAAGAAAACCACCGUAUAUUCUGGGACCGGGUGCACAAAUGACAAACCUUCAGUCCUCAAAACACAAACAGGAUGCACUUAAAACUGUAUAUUUACACACAAUUCAGUCGUAUUUCAUUCACCAAUCACUCGCUCCGAACACUAGCACCAGCUCAGAAUAUUUAUAAUCUUUUCUGAAAACCGUGCAAUUACAUUUUAUUUGAAUAUUGUGUAUAAAGUUCAUAUUCUCAUGAUGUGUUUUUUUUAUGUUUAUAUACCAAAAAAACCCUAUGUUUGAAUCAUUACAGUAGUGCACGUAGUUGCGACUUUGUAAAAAAAAAAAAACAAUGUUUGGUGCACUUACCUGACAUCAAUACUUUGUCAGAAUAUUUUAAACUGUUACAUUUAGGCUCUAACUAAUCAUUUCUAAUAACUUGUAUAAAGCAGUAUAAUGGCAUUUGUUACUUGCUGUACCUGGUAACGUUCUAGACAUCGGUAACGUGUCGAAGCACCGAUAUGCAUCCGCUCGUUUUUAUAUUAUCCGAUUUGGAUGGCGUCAACUUAAACUGAGCAGAAAAGCUUUUAGAGAUGUCAACGGGUUGAACUUUGGCAUUAUCUUUUCGUAUUUUAAUAUAACAUUUACGUUUCUCUUUUAGCCAAAGCUAUUUUUUACUUUUUACAACUGUAGUUUUAUAAAUAACCUAAACCUUGCAGGUUCUUUGUAAGUAAUAGAGAGCGCAUCAUUUAUUUAAAUGGUAUCUGUUUUCGAGGUUAUGUGCAUGGUCGACCGAAUGUUAAAAAGUUCAGUGUAAAGAAACAGGUACAUGAGAACACACACCCUUUUGUAACUUAUUAAAAUAUAUCUGACAACUUCCAGCUCGGA